AUGUCCGCCUUCUGCCUGGGCUUGGCCGGCCGCGCUUCAGCACCCGCCGAGCCGGACAGCGCCUGCUGCAUGGAGCUCCCCGCCGCGGCCGGGGACGCAGUCCGGAGUCCCGCCGCCGCCGCUGCCGCCCUCAUCUCCUUCCCCGGGGGCCCGGGGGAGCUGGAACUGGCAUUAGAGGAGGAGCUGGCGCUGCUGGCGGCCGGGGAGCGGCCGUCCGACCCCGGGGAGCAUCCUCAGGCCGAGCUGGGGCCUGCAGCCGAGGGGGCUGGACCGCAGCCGCCGCCCGCCCAGGACCCUGAGCUGCUGUCGGUAAUCCGGCAGAAGGAGAAGGAUCUGGUGUUGGCGGCCCGGCUGGGCAAGGCGCUGCUCGAGAGGAACCAGGACAUGAGCCGGCAGUACGAGCAGAUGCACAAGGAGCUGACAGACAAGCUAGAGCACUUAGAACAAGAGAAACAUGAACUGAGAAGACGAUUCGAGAACCGAGAAGGGGAGUGGGAAGGGCGAGUGUCAGAGCUGGAGAGUGAUGUGAAACAGCUACAGGACGAGUUAGAGAGGCAGCAAGUUCAUCUGCGGGAAGCAGAUCGAGAAAAAACACGGGCUGUUCAGGAGCUAUCAGAACAGAACCAAAGGUUAUUGGAUCAACUCAGCAGGGCAUCAGAAGUUGAGAGACAGCUCUCCAUGCAGGUCCACGCCCUCAGAGAAGACUUUCGUGAGAAAAAUUCGUCAACCAACCAGCACAUCAUCAGGCUGGAGAGCCUUCAGGCUGAGAUCAAGAUGCUGUCAGAUCGGAAACGGGAGCUGGAGCAUCGUCUCAGUGCCACCUUAGAGGAAAAUGACCUGCUCCAAGGGACCGUGGAGGAGCUGCAGGACCGGGUGCUGAUCCUGGAGAGGCAGGGCCAUGACAAAGACCUACAGCUGCAUCAAAGCCAGCUGGAGCUCCAGGAGGUGCGUCUCUCCUACCGACAGCUGCAGGUGAAGGUGGAAGAACUCACUGAGGAGAGGAGUCUGCAGAGCUCUGCCGCCACCAGCACAUCCCUCCUGUCAGAGAUCGAGCAGAGCAUGGAGGCCGAGGAGCUGGAGCAAGAGAGAGAACAGCUGAGACUGCAGCUCUGGGAAGCCUACUGCCAGGUUCGCUAUCUCUGCUCACACCUUCGAGGGAACGACAGUGCUGACUCAGCUGUCUCCACGGACUCCUCAAUGGAUGAAUCUUCAGAAACUUCAUCUGCCAAGGAUGUGCCAGCCGGCAGCUUGCGCACUGCCCUCAACGAGCUCAAGAGACUGAUACAGAGCAUUGUGGACGGCAUGGAGCCCACGGUGACACUGCUGAGUGUGGAGAUGACUGCACUCAAAGAGGAGAGAGACCGACUCAGAGUGACAUCUGAGGACAAGGAGCCAAAGGAGCAGCUUCAGAAGGCCAUCAGGGACCGGGACGAAGCCAUUGCAAAGAAAAAUGCUGUGGAGCUGGAACUCGCCAAGUGCAGGAUGGACAUGAUGUCUCUGAACAGCCAGCUGCUGGAUGCCAUUCAGCAGAAGCUGAACCUCUCACAGCAGCUGGAGGCUUGGCAGGAUGACAUGCACAGGGUCAUUGACCGGCAGCUGAUGGACACGCACCUGAAGGAACGGAACCAGCCGGCUGCUGCCUUCUCCAGGGGCCACGGUGCAGGGCGGGGGGACGAGCCCAGCACCACUGAAGGCAAACGGCUCUUCUCAUUCUUCAGGAAAAUUUAACUUGGGAGGAGUCAAGCCACCAAGGAUGGGUGGACUGGAGGAGGCUUAAAAGGCGGCGGGGGCCAGGGCCUCCCCGGAGGCCUCAGGCUGGCAGCUGCACUGCCCCCGCCUCGGGCCCAGUGGGUGCCCCCUUUU